AUGGCCGACUCACUGCAGCGCUUUAGUGAGCACAUGGCACAAUUCGCAGCACAGUGUGAUGCCCUUCGCAAGAAAGGCGCCUCCGUAGCGGAAACCGCUCGAGUCCAGCAAACAGAAAUCGAAGACCAAAUUUCCGCGAUCGAGGCUCAAGCCACCGGACCUAAUUGCAGCUCGAAGGGCGGCUUCGUGGACAGACGUCCGGCACAGACACCUACCGCGGCCCCUAAGCGUCUUCCUUCUCCCGCCCUUUCGAAGCACGUGCCCACCACUGGCUUUCAGGAACAGCAAGCAAGAAGCGCUGAGAGUGUCACCACCCCGACCCAAGUGGACACCAGGUACGACUCACCGCUGACUGGCGCCCCUGACGCACACUCUGGCGACUUCGACGAUGAGAUCAUUGUGAGCUCACAGAAUGCACUUCCCGCAGCCACGGCAUAUCCGAUCAUCCACGAGAACUACCCCACUGUUAUUCUCCUCGAAGCAGGCUGGACAGAGAUCUGGUGCGGUGACUGCGGUGCCAAUUUCAAGGCUCAUCAUCACAAGUUCCUCCCGGGCUUGCGUGGACUGCAUGGCCAUUGGAUCAAAGCGCACAGAGAUCAGCAUGUGGAUCACUCAAAACUCACGUGCCUAGCAACCUGCCGUAAGCGCCUUGUGUCGCCUAUGGACGUUGAGCUCAUGCGGCGAGGGGAAGAGCCGGAUGUCGUGAUCCUGGCUUGA